AUGAGCUUGAUGUCUCUGCCAGAUGAGAUUCUUCGAAAUGUCGUCCGUCAACUUGAUCAGGUCUCUCAGCUCGUGCUGGCACAGACAAGUCGUCCUUUACAGUAUCUCGCCGAAGAAGAGCUAUAUUGCAGCCUAGCAGACAGCUUCUUCUGCGCCCAUCGACAGUUCGAUCAUGAACGAGGACUCCGAGCGAAACAUGCGAAGUUGUUGUCGAGUCUCAAGGGAUGCGAUCAUCGACGAGCCUAUGUGAAGACGCUCUCCGUCACCCUUUAUCCUUUUGUUGUCCAAGAACCCAUUGCGAAGACUUUGAAACUCACAGCUGGAAGUCUGAGAAGUCUCCGCCUAGAACAGACGGCGACGUGCUUCCCACCACCGAUCCUAUCAGAUCUCAACAUCACCUUCCAGAACCUCGCCCCUCUCCCUCAUUUGACCCAUUUGGAGCUCACUCUCUCUUUCAUGGUCACGCCAUUGCUGAAUCAGCUGCUUAAACUUGCACCACAGCUUUCUUCCUUGACCUUCCGCCGACCAAGCUUGCCACAUUUUGACCCCAGGCCAUUUGGACUAGAUACGACUCUUGUCCUCCCCCACUUGAAGAACUUCAAAGCGGAAAAGAUGAGCAAGAGUAAUCUCAUGGUAGUAGUUGACCUGCUGAGGCUGCUCCCUUCGUUGGAGGCUCUCUCUCUCAGCUCCAUCACCAUGCUGCAUGAUUCGAAGCUCUGGUUACCAGUAGUCGAACAUCUCAGACCGAGAGCCAUUCAAUCAUUGCAAGUCGGCUUCAGCUCAAUGUGGGAUUUUGACGCACGAGGAGGAUUUCUUCACGUCAAAGAAUUGACCCUAAGGUGGGACUAUGAUGAUUGCUGGUUUCCAUUAUUGCAGGAUAUCUGCGUGCCGCCGCUUCCCAUGCUCGAAUCUCUGACUUUCGAAGCCAUCCAAGGACUACAACAUAAGCUCCUUCAUGGCUGUCAACGAGCACGAGUUGAUCUGUCUGACGGCAUCACCUCGAGAACGAUCCCCUCAUCUCUAGUAGCACGGAUAAUGGCAGCUCCAAGAUUGGAACAGAUUUUCUUCUUGCCGCCUCAGCAGGACUAUCUCCAGGAUCCCUCAGUUGAGCACGUCGAAUUCGUUGAGAUUCAUCGGGGAUCUCUCAGGGAAUCUGGCAUCGAACCGGGGCUUGCUUUGAGAGUGUUCUCCCACGUUCUAGAUCAUGGUGAGGGACUUCAAUCGCACUUGCGUGAGCCACAUCCUCCUUUCAAAUUCAAUGUCAAUAUCUCAGAGGCUUUCAAUCGGUUCUAG